GUGUGACUCUAUGAACGUAUUUUAGUCGUGUGAGCAAUUCAACUAGGUGACUUAACGCUUUAGUUCUAUUUCAGACCUAGUGCACAAUUUCACACCCGUGGUUUCAAAGACUCUUUCCUCUCACGUGGCGCAGACAUUGCCAGCGCUCUCAACUUGGACGAUAUUCAGAUGCGGCGUAUAACAACGAGGUUCAUCAAAAUCCGCAAGGUGCUCCUGAUCACGGUCGCCUACACGGCUAGUCUCGGCUCCGUGGGCACUCUCAGCGGCACCAUCACAAACUACGUCACCAAAAUGAUCGUCACGUCGCGAUUCCCCAAGGUAGACUCGGUCACGUUCCUGUCCUGGAUGACCGCUUUCCUCCCGGUUGCCUUCUUCGAAGUCUUCAUUGCAUUCAUCGUGUUGUACUUCAUGCACAUGCGACGACUUGCUACAGACUUCCGCAAGGAGGCGAUCCACGACGCCUUCCUGGUCAAGUACAGGAGCCUUGGCAAUGUCACGUAAGUCGACAAAGUUUGCGAGCUACACGAG